AUGUCGGAGCGAGCGGAGGGCGGGCGCGGUGUGGGCGACGCGAGGCCGACACAUGACACCCGCAAUCGCGUCAGCGCCCGCGCCCGCUACCCGCGCCCGCGCCCGCUCACGCCUGAGCGCCCGCUGCCGCCAUUGUCCGCAGCCAUUCACCCGCCGCCUCAUAUUCGAUUGCAAUGUUUUAAGCAUUCGAUUGCCCUCGCCGCUAUUAAGGGUUCCCAAGAAACACAUAUAAUA